CCCCCGGCUCCAUGCAGCAGCACUGUGCCGCUGCUAGAGGAGGACCAGAAAUCUGCAGCUCACAGAAUGAAGAGAUCAAAAUGAUGCUGCCUGCAAAAAGGGAUUAAACGUAAGCAAUCUGUCGUCAGCUGCGGUCUGGGCUCCACCUCGCGAGGAUCGACUCCUGCUGCUGCUGCUGGUGGAUAUCACAGAUUCCCCACCAGUGUGUUUGUAGACAGCAAGACAUGCCGUCGCUGAGCAUCCAUUGCGACGCUUGAAUGACCAUGAUGAAGACCGAAUCCACAUCCAAGAGCACCGGCUCUGGCUCCACGCUCAGGAGCCCAUCCCCGCACAGAAACGCUUACGAGGCGGGGAUGCAGGCCCUGAAGCCCGUCAAAGACAAUGCAGCGAACGGGGACCUGCAGGAGGGCCCCCGAGGGCGCAGGUACGGCUCCAAUGUGCACCGCAUCAAGAACAUGUUCCAGCAGAUGCAGACCACAUCCCCGGCCGAUGCAGAGGGUGGGGAGGACGUGGCUAAGGUGGCGGACAAAUCUGUGCGCCUCACCCUCCCCAGAGCUGGGAGCCUGAACGAAAACGUGGACCACAGCGCGCUCCUGAAGCUGGGAUCCACUGUGUCUGAUCGUGUGAACAAGUUCGACACCAAACCAGAGAAUGGGCACCAGCGGGCCUCCUCACCCAGCUACUCCAAGCUGCAGGAGACACGCCGCAUCUUCGAGCAGCAGCAGCAGGAGAGGCAGCAGCAGGAGAAGCAGCAGCAGCAGCAGGAGGAGAAGCAGCAGCAGGAGAAGCAGCAGCAGCAGGAGGAGAAGCAUCAGCAGCAGCAGGAGAAGCUGGCAACCACCAGAGUCCUCCUGAAGACAGACAAGGCCUCAGGCUUCCAGGAUGGCAGACUGGACAUGAUUUCUCGUUUUAAUGGCAGCACAGAGUCUCUGGACAGCCUGGACACCAGUGAUGCUGUGUCCCCUACAGUCAGCCAGCUCAGUGCAGUGUUCGAACGUGCAGCCGAGCUCAGAAACAACCUCCACCGCCUCUCCUCCACCCCACCUCUCCCUUCCAGGGGGGUCAGCACCAAGGUGGGUGUGUUGAACUCUAAAAUAAUCACAAAAAGAGCUUGCACCUUUGCAGCAGGCAACAGGGAGGAUGGGAUUAGCAAUCAGAAUGGGCAAGAUGGGCCCCAAAGAGGGAGGAUGCCAUCCCCAUCUGGAGGCAUCAAUGGGGGCCAAACUACUGAGCGUGUCAGUUCUGCAGGGGAGCAGAGAGAAAAGACAGUGGCAGAUGCAGGUGUGGAGGCGAAAGGGGAGAUCAGUUAUGAGGAAUACUCUGGAGGGAGGGAGCCUAAAAGCACAGUUCAAGGUGACAUCUCUGUGGAGAAUGGAGAGGCCGGAUUCGAGGAGCAAACCUCUCCUAAGGGGGGUGAUAGGUACAGGCAGGAAGGGGAGAUGAGUAGGGGUGCAGAGGAGGAGGAAGACAGGAUAGGGAGAGAGGACCAGUCAGGGAGGGACUCUGUGGAUAUCAGUACCUACAGCGCCGUGGGGGAGGACUUUGGAGGAAGCCAGGUGGACGAGGAGGAAGAAGAAGACGACAGCUACGACCCCGAGUCCAGCUGUGUGGAGAUUAUUGGGCUGCCUGCCGAGGAGGAACCGCCCCCUUCUAGGAAGAUUCGCUUCAGCACAGACCCCAUCAAGGUGUUUGCUACCUAUCCCAACGAGGACUACGACAGGCGUAAUGAAGACGUGGAUCCCAUGGCGGCAUCCGCAGAGUAUGAGCUGGAGAAGAGGGUGGAGAGGCUGGACCUGUUCCCCGUGGAGCUGGAGAAAGACGGCGAUGGUCUGGGCAUCAGUAUCAUCGGGAUGGGUGCAGGGGCCGACAUGGGUCUGGAGAAGCUGGGCAUCUUUGUGAAGACGGUCACAGACGGAGGAGCAGCUCACAGGGACACCAGGAUCCAGGUGAACGAUCUGAUUGUGGAGGUGGACGGGACCAGUUUGGUGGGAGUCACCCAGAGCUUCGCCGCCACUGUACUCAGGAACACUUUAGGAACCGUCAAGUUCGUGAUUGGCCGAGAGAAGCCGGGGGAGCAGAGCGAGGUGGCCCAGCUCAUCCAGCAGACGCUGGAGCAGGAGCGCUGGCAGAGGGAGAUGAUGGAGCAGCGCUACAACCAGUACAUGGAUGAACAAGAGGGUGGUGAAUAUGGCACAGAUGAAGAGGAGGACGACGAUGAGGAGGUCAGCCCGCCGUAUCCCAGCGCCAUCGAGGUGUUUGACCUGGCGGAGAACGAGGACAUGUCGCCUCUGGAGACGGAUCCUGAGAAACUGGCUCAUAAAUACAAAGAGCUCCAAAUAAAGCACGCUGUGACGCAGGCAGAGAUCCAGCAGCUCAAACGAAAGCUGCACCACGCAGAGCAGGAGAAGCAGCGCUGGCGUAUGGAUAAAGCCCAGCUGGAGACGACCCUGCAGGAGAACAAAGAGCGGAUGGAGAAGCUGGAGGGGUACUGGAUGGAGGCUCAGAGUCUGUGCCAGGCUGUGGACGAGCACCUGAAGGAGACCCAGUCCCAGUAUCAGGCCCUGGAGCGCAAGUACGGCAAAGCCAAACGUCUGAUCAAGGAGUACCAGCAGAAGGAGAUCGAGUACCUGAAGAAGGAGACCCAGCGUUGUGCACAAGUCGGGGAGGAGGCGUCUCUGCUGAAGGAGGAGUCAGGGCAGCUCCAAGAGCAGGUGGCCGAUCUAGAGUGCAGGGUGGAGGAGCUGAAAUCUGAGCCUCUAUAAAAGCCUUUUCUCAUCACUUAUCAUGAGAAGCAGAACCUCACCAGAAGAAAGUGUUAUUGUACUGACAUUGACCUGCAGGGUAUUUCUGGGUCUGUGGUCACUCACCCUCCUUUGUGCCCUGAGGCGUUGUGUUUAAGCCUCUUAACCCCCUUUUAACCAAGUUUUUCUUUUAACAUUCACGGGGACACGUGAACAUCGGUUCUUCUCAUCACAAAGACAGACUCUGUGGAGCUCUAGAUGUGUACUAUUCCUUUUUUCAUUUCCAGUAUUUAACCCCUUCAUUUGUCGUUUUUGUGACAGACCAGGCUGUUGCUUUUAUUUGCCAAAAAACAGAUUUCCUUUUUUCUUUCUCUCUUUCUUUCGCCUAGUUUUGUGACCUUUUAUUUUUGAGUGUGUACAGAUGUGAUACUGUGUGGUUUAACAAUCAGCUGGUUUGUAAAAAAUUUUAAUAUGUGUAUAACAUUUAACAUAAUAUAAACUAAUGAGAUUGAGGGGUUGUUGUAUAUUUUACGUGAUGAAGACGUGUAAAUUGGGACGGAGAUUGCACUGAAGAAGACGUCGACGAGAUGCUUCGCCGGGAUGGAGGAAGAGAACGGGAAACGUGUGUGACUUGUCUUAGAAUUUGUACAAACAGUAACCCAACCUUCGUAGGGGUCUUGUCACUUAACCUUGAGAACCACCUGCUGCCUACCUUUCAGAAGUGUUUGUGUGUUUUUUUACACAUUAAGACUCAUUCAUGAGCAUCCAAUCCUCUGGUUUCAACCCCUCGUUCCUCUCUACAGGAAGGACCACACAGAAACAAGCCUCCAGAACUGCUGUGCCACAGACAAAAACGGAUCUUUUUCCCCUUAAAAAUGGAUGUUGUCGAGGAUUUGUGUAACUGGUAUUAGUUAGGACUACUGAUAUAAGAAACAUGACUGGGACUGGGACGUUAAAGGAGACUACCAGCAGCAGAGUCACUGGUUUUAAACGCUCGUGUCUCUAACCAGCAGCUGCACUUGACACCGCUGUGUGUAGCACAUGGAAAACACUGCCAGGUUUAUUAUACCUGUUUCAAUUUCCGCACAGUUUGAAAUGAAAUUGAGUCUACUUGUGUCAACUGUAAUACCGGUAUGUUUGUAUAGUUCAGGUUAAGACUGAAAUAUUUUAAUUUUACUUAAUAUUUAUAAUAUAGUCAAGGUGGAACUAUGAGCUAACAAGGACAAAAACUGACAAAAGCAAUGCAAACAGUAACGUGUUAUAGACAGUUAUACUGUGUCAUGUAUAAAAGAAGUAGAUCUGGAUAAUUACAAAAAUAAGAUUAAUGAAUUGAAAAUAAAAAAACAGGCAUGGUUAUGAGUAUUUUCAUAAUAUUAAGGCUUGUACAGUGCACAUGCUUUGCAUUGUAUGUUUUGUGGAAUAAAUGGUCAACAGUGA